CACUCGGCUCAAUGCACAAUGAAAAUGAGUGUACAAUAACUUCUAAAUUUAAUAGAAAAAUUAAUAUUUCUACAGCUCCAACAAAAAUGAAGAAGCAUGUGGUAUCGCUAUAUUCCGAUGCUGAAAGUCCUGCUCUUGGGGGGAUUUAUCCGUUGGGAAAACUUCUUUGAUGCGUCGUUUCGUAAACAAAACUUUUACCUCCAACUAUAAAAGCACGAUUGGUAUGGAUCUUGGCACUAAGCAAUUGGUUAUAAAUGAAAGCUUGGUGACUUUGCAGAUAUGGGACACUAAUGGACAAGAACUAUGUCGAGCUCUGGGUUCGUCUUUCUAUCGUGGAGUCGAUUGCUGCUUUCUUGUCUUUGAUGUUACGAGCCGAAAAUCCUUCCAGAAUUUGAACAGUUGGUGGGAGGAUUUCUUUUUGAUGGCUGAAACAAAGAAUCGCGACAAAUUUCCACUUGCUGUGGUGGGAAAUAAAAUUGACUUGGAAAAUGAGAGAGAAGUAAGUGGUCAUCAAAUCCUGAAUACGUGGUUUCGGUAACUUAAAUUCCAUUUAA